AAGGAGCGAGGACCCGGCCACUCUGGUCACUCCGGAGACCCAGGCCCGGGGGAGGAUGCACUGAGCUAAGCCUUGGCCCCGGCGCUGGGGCGGGGGGGGUCUCUCUCCUUUCUCUCUCUCUCUCUCUCUCUCCCUCUCUCUGUCUCGGUGUCUCUGUGUCUCUGUCUGGGGUGACCAUGGGCUGCUGCUCCGGCCGCUGCACGCUCAUCUUCCUCUGCGCGCUGCAGCUGCUCUCUGCCUUAGAAAGGCAGAUCUUUGACUUCCUGGGUUUCCAAUGGGCUCCGAUUCUUGGCAACUUCCUGCACAUAAUCGUUGUAAUUCUGGGCCUGUUUGGAACGAUUCAGUUCAGGCCUCGGUACAUGGUGGUGUACACGAUCUGGACUGCCCUGUGGGUCACCUGGAAUAUUUUCAUCAUCUGCUUCUAUUUAGAAGUAGGUGGGCUCUCUAAGGAUACGGACCUAAUGACCUUCAACAUCUCAGUGCACCGCUCCUGGUGGCGCGAGCACGGGCCAGGCUGCAUACGGCGGGUGCUGCCCCCUUCCACCCAUGGGCUGUUGGACGAUUACAUGUACGUCUCGGUGACCGGCUGCAUCGUGGACUUCCAGUACCUGGAGGUCAUCCACAGCGCCAUCCAAAUUCUGCUGUCCCUGAUCGGUUUCGUGUAUGCCUGUUACGUGAUCAGUGUUUUCAUGGAGGAAGAGGACAGCUUUUCAGGUCGAAAUAAGUAACAUGCAGUGGCCGGGCUGUAUCCGCUGAAUACAUUGACCUGAGACGGAAAGAAAUCAACCUAAGAUGGAGAGCACCCCGAGCGAAAAAUCCUUCUCACAGACACACCACCUCUCGAAUUUUUUAGGAAGAACGGACUGUCCCUUGAUUUUCCAGUCACCAACGAAUCCUUCGGUCACAGCCUGCGUCGUAUCCACGUUGUCGUUAAGUGAAUUGUAGGUACCAGGGUGGCUCUUUUUUUUUUUAACCAUUUACUGUGAAAACGGACAUGUGUAAAUUGAAACCUGAAGGGUUUUUUAUUUUUCAUGCUGUCUAGUGGAAGGCGUGAAAAACGAGGGUGUCUGGGAUGAGGCCCUUCAGUCAGCUUCUAUGAGAUGUAGGUGUGCGUGUUUCUACGACCACGUUAGAAUUCUCCGCCUGCUGCAGUUGUACGAUGGCUGGUAGAACCUGUGUUGGCCAAGGUGAGCUGUGGACCACGCCAGAUGCCUGCAGGAUGGUGCUUUGCUCCCUGUCUCCCUUCUGGGUUUUUCGAACCUGAACGUAUGACAGGGUACGUUCCCUCAUCAAUCCAUCAGUGGUAUUUAUUGAAUGCUUACUGUGUGCAGAGCACUGUACUAAGCAUUUAUCUUCCAUCGCCCUUUUCCUUAAGCAGUUGGGGUGUUCAGCUCCUCUCCUGCCCCCAGUGACUCUGCUCUCUGAGGUGGAGGGGAGAGGAGAAGGGAGAGUCCAGGGAUGGUUCAGUCUAUGAGACAUCUUACCCUUGGGAUGCUGUGGAUUUCUGUAGUUUGCACAUUUUCUACUUUGUUUCCGCUUCCUCCUUCGGAAGCACUCACAUGUGUAGAGUUGGCAUCUCGGCACCAAUCACAGCCUUAGGCGCCUCUGCCAGAUGCCCCUCCCCUCUUGCUGGAAGAGAAAGAAAGGAAUGGAUCGGGCCGGGGAGGUCUCUGAAAUGAUUCUUGUGAGAAGGACAUGUCCAGAACUGAGAGAAGGGGUGCACCAACACGAGAGGGAUUUAGGCAAAAUCUUUUUCUGUAGAGGAAGUGGCUCUCCGAAGCCCCUUCCUUUUCCUUGGCAUUUUCUAGUUCUCCCCACUGGGCACCCGGGUGGAAUUUGCUGCAGGCAAAGGGUCCCGAUCUAAAGAGAGGCUUCCUUCACCUUCCCGAACCGACUUGACGGGGCAGAUCGGGCCGUCACAGGUGACUCCCUCUCCUCCCCUCCCCCUUCCCACCCACUACCCGACCCUUUCCCUCAGGAUUUAGCUCAAAACCUCCAAAGUAGCAGUGUGAAUAGCAACACACUUUGUCACCUCCUGAUUCCACCCUCCCCACCUCCUCUCCCCCCUCUCAAGGCACUUAGACUUCUUGGUGAUUUAACCCCAUUCUCACCCCUCACCCUGUCCUGGUCCCAGUCAGAGUCUCAUUGACGUGACACCCUCAAAAAUGCCCCAGUUAGUCUUUCGAAGGUUGUCCGCCCUCCUUCCUUGAGGCUCUGUAAAGGCGGAGCGAGCCAUACUGAAAACUGCUCUUGCUCUGGACGGCACGGGUCCCUCCGAUCUUCUCCGGCUCUGGGGAGGUGGUUCGGGGAGCUCAAAGAAGGAAGGGUGAAGCCCAGGUUAUCGUGAUGGGCAGCGGCCAGACUGGCCUCAUGUCUUGCUCGGCCUCCUAAUGAGGACCUACUCAGGGCUUUCUCAUGAAGUCCUUUCCUGCCAUUUCCUUUCCGAUCCUCCCCAGUGACAGUAACAGUACCCGGUGGCCUGGAAGCUCUGCCACAGGUCAGUGCCAUCCUUAGCGUAGGACAGUGAGGCUAAUUGCUCUAGGCCCCUGGCCCGAAGCUCCCUCCCCAUGCCACACACCCACCAAUCCCCCAGGAGUGUGGUGCUCCAGAAAGCAGCUGCUACAAGGAGAGGGCAGGAAUGACUUUUCUGUGAUCUUGUCCUGAAAUAUACACGUUGUCGGUCUGCCCGCCGUCCGGACCUCCUCAGCCUGACCGUCACAUUCUGGGGGCCGGGCGGUCUACCUCACAGAACAUUUGGGCAACUGCUUGGUGGUCGGGGAAGCGCGUGGCUCUUACCCGAAGCUUUGCACCCACACCGGUUCUGGUUCCAGGGGCAAUCGGCCACACCCAAUGUUGGAAGCCCAGGGGUCCAGGUCUGGUGGGUCCAGGGGCUCUUGGCAAGGGAGGGCAGAGGUCCCGUGACCCCCUGCCAGGGAAAGCACAGUGCCCAUCUCCUCAGGGGCUGAUGCUUCCUCAUCGGAGAGGAGUGUCCUAUCAGAUGGGAUUCCCCCGUCUCAUGCUAGCAGGUGGCAUCUCUCAUGGCUCCUGCUGUCUGGGGAGGCAGAGAGUACCCAAAUGAUUUUCAGCAGCUUUUCUUCUUGUCACCCGGGAUAAGAGGCACAAAGAUCACUUCCAGAUGCACCCGUGGUACUGCAGGGACUUCCAGAGUGUGCUGGCAGUGGGAGGUGGAGAGAGGGCAGGAAUUACACCCAAGGGAAGGAAAGAUGGUCAGGGUGCUUGUGGCUGCUAGGCACUGUUAGCCGAGUCAGUCCAGUCAAUCAUAUUUAUGGAGCGCUUACUGUGUGCCGAGCACCGUACUAAAGACGGGAUUCCUCUCCCCUAGACCUGCCCCACAAUGUCAGGCCAGCGCUAAGGACGCACAGGCUAUAAAAUUGUGACAUCAGGCCGCCGCUUGUCAGCUCUUGCAUGAAAAAUAUUGGAAAGUGUUUCCCGAGAAAUGAGCACCGGGGUUUCCCGGUAGAUCUAAAUAGGGGAGGCAGCCAGCUGCGGGAGCACAGAGGUCAACCCAUUGAACUUCUUGACCGAGAGGAAUCUGUCUUCAUUAGAACGAACCCAAGCUCCCCCGACCCUGGCUGAGGAGAAGCCGUCGUGGCUCUUUCUAAAUGGAGGAACAAGGAAGAAUGCUGGGCUUUUCCAUCUUUGUCAAUUGAAAGGGAAAUCUUGGCUCCUCUGGGUUGGAGUGGAAGUGCCUCCUCCACUAAAAAGUUCUGGAGCUUCUAGUGAGAGGAAGACCGUGACCACACUGGGUGUUCCUCCCCCCCCCCCCCCGCCCCCGGCCAGACACGGCUAAGUGGUGGGCAUGCGUGCCAGUUGGGAUGGGAUCACUGAGCAAUGAGGGGAUGGGGAAGUUCAGGAUGGACUUGGCCUUCAUCUUUGUAGUGUCUGCUUUCAGGAGAAAUUCAGUUUCCCAGCCAGAAAGCAAUUCAUUGAAAGUUCUAGACUAGAAACUUCAGAUCCCCUGAUUCUCUUUUUGGGGUCUGUGUCCAGUCAGUCAGUCGUAUUUAUUGAGUGCUCACUGUGUGCAGAGCACUGUACUAAGCGCUCGGUAGAGUACAAUAUAGCGAUACGCUGCGAUUACCCAGGGAAACCGGUUGGGGGUCUAGAAGCUGGAUUCUCAGCCCAACACAGAAGCAGCAUCUCAGGAUAGAGAUGGAUGGAUGGACUUAAGGAUGGACUCUGGCAUGAGAGAAACCACAGAGGCAGAAACAGUUUGAAAGUUAAAUCUGGUUUGCAGAAGGAAUUUGGGAAAGGGCGGGACAGAGACCCCCACCACAACCGUGGGCGUGGAGUAGGGGUCCCUACUCGAGAAGCCCAGCUGCUACCCAUUUUGUGGCUGGAGAUGACCCUUUGAAAGGCAAAGUCUUCCAGAGGAGAUUGAUUUGAGACAAUCAUUUUAGUGAUGGAUGCAAGUGACUCAGAUACUUUCAGUUUUGAAAAGAGUCUCUGAGAGGGGACAUCCCGGGUAGAGCUAAGGCAGGGAGAAUGUCAGUUGAUCAGUCAGUCAAUUGUAUUUAUUGAGCGCUUACU